UCAGAGACCUUAGGCCGUGGAGGAGCCGCAGAGGCUUCUGGGAAAUGUAGUCCUGGUGAGAAACCCCGUUUAAAGCACCAGGACUUGUUUCGAGACAGAGACUGCGCAGGCGCAUUCCGCGGCCAGCCAGCGGGUGGGAAGGCCUGGUCACCCUUUGAAAACUGCGAAGGCUCACAGUCUCCUCUUCCAGCUCUGCAGACUCAGGCCUGGCCUUUUGUCCUGGAGAUGCGUCCCCAGGAGCCAGCAGUGACCACCAGGACCCUGACAGCUGAGGACCAGGUAUCAGUGACUUUCAAGGAUGUGGCUGUGGAUUUCACUCUGGAGGAAUGGGGCCAGCUAGGUCCUGGCCAGAGGGAGCUGUACCGUGACGUGAUGCUGGAGAACUACCAGAACCUUCUCUCACUAGGGUCAGGGCUUCUGGGGUCCAAACCCGACGUGAUCUCCCGUCUGGAGCGAGGGGAAGAGCCCAGGAUGGAGAAGAGAGAAGCCCAGCAAGUUACCUGUCCAGACCUGGAGACAAGCUUGGCCAUGACUCAGGAGAAACUUCCAGAAAAGAGUAUUUCCGAAGAGGCAGCUUCCCCAAUGGGAAAGAUGGAGGGGAUUUUAAAGGCAGUGCUUGGAGAUGCCAAGUUGGGGGAAUCCUGGACAUACACUUGCCACUUGGAGAACCAGGGAAAGCAGGAGAGAGAUUUGAGAUGUUUGUUUGCUUCUCCCAAGGAAAACGCCUGUGGGGAGAGAGGCCUGGGCUGUAAGGAGCUUGGGAGAAGCUUCAGGCAGACCUCAGCUUUCGUCAGGAAGCACAGAGUGCCUGGAAUAGAGGGGCCUCGGAAAUGGGAUGGGUCAAAAUGCCAAAGGGCCUGUGUAGAGAAGAAACAGUUUCACUGCACAGAAUGUGGGAGAGCUUUCGUCUACCAUUCAGACUACGCCCUGCACCAGAGAAUUCACACGGGAGAGAAACCCUACAAGUGCAGUGACUGUGGGAAGGCGUUCAGCAACAGCUCAUAUUUCAUUCAGCAUCACAUUAUUCACACAGGAGAGAAGCCCUAUGUGUGCAACGAGUGUGGCAAGACCUUUACUCAGAGCUCAUCGCUGACCGAGCAUCAGAGGAUCCACACUGGGGAGAAACCAUACCAGUGCCGGGAAUGCGGGAAGGCCUUCACUCAGAGCUCCUCCCUCAUUAAGCACCAGCGGUGCCACACUGGGGAGAAGCCCUAUAAAUGUGGCCAGUGUGGGAAGUUCUACUCUCAGGUGUCCCACCUCACCCGCCACCAGAAAAUCCACACAGGCGUGAAGCCCUACAAAUGUGGCGAGUGUGGCAAGGCGUUCUGUCACACCUCCUCCCUGAGCCAGCACCAGACAAUCCACACAGGGGAGAAACCCUACAGAUGUAACGAGUGUGGGAAAAGCUUCAGCCACAGCUCGUCCCUAACCCAGCAUCAGCGGGUUCACACAGGAGAAAAACCCUAUGAGUGUUCCGAGUGUGGCAAAGCCUUCAGCCACAGUUCGUCCCUGACUCAGCACCAGAGGAUUCACACUGGUGAGAAGCCCUAUAAGUGUCACGAGUGUGGGAAGGCUUACACGCAGAUUUCCCACCUCAUGAGGCACCAGAGCAUUCACAUGGGGGAAAAACCAUACACCUGUAAUGAGUGUGGCAAGGCUUUCAGUCACAACUCCUCCUUUACUCAACACCAGACGACUCACACUGGUGAGAAGCCCUACAAAUGUAAUGAGUGUGGGAAAACCUUCAGCCAGAACUCGUCCCUGACACGCCACCAGAGGAUUCACACUGGGGAGAAGCCCUACGAGUGUAACAUUUGUGGGAAAGCCUAUACCCAGAUUUCCCACCUCAUUCAACACCAGAGGGUUCACACCGGGGAGAAACCUUACGAGUGCAGUGACUGUGGGAAAGCUUUCAGUCGGAGCACCCACCUUAUGGAGCAUCAGAAAAUCCACACAGGAGAGAAACCAUAUAAGUGUAAGGACUGUGGGAAGACAUUCAGUCACAACUCAUCCCUUACACAGCAUCAGAGGAUUCACACCAGUGAGAAACCCUACGCCUGUAAGGAAUGUGGGAAAGCCUUCAACCAGAGCAUUCACCUUAUUCAGCAUCAGAGGAUUCAUACCGGAGACAAGCCCUACAAAUGUAGCAACUGUGGGAAAACCUAUACCCAGAUCUCACACCUUAUUCAACACCAGAAAGUUCACAUGGGUGACAGGCACUAUGCAUGUAAAGAAUAUGGAGAGGAUUUCAGCUGGAGCUCACACCUGGCCCAACAUCAGAGACUUCACACUGUAUACAGCACCUAUGUCUGUGAUGAUUUUGAGAAAACCUUUGUUUGGAGGACACAGCUUGCUGAUCACCAGAGAACUCAUGCUGAUUAGAAAACCUGAGAAUGAAACAAACCGGCAUUUCCACUGCCAGGUUCAGUUCAGCCCUCAUCAGCAUUGGUAAUUUCUUCCCAAAGGGGAACUCAAACACUAUACAUUGUGACAACUGGUCUCUUUCUUUCCUAAAGGAGGAAAGAGAGUUUAUCUCCAGCUGGGACAGCUUCUCAUUUUAGCUCUCAUAUCUCAAUAUCCUCCCUAUUUCUCAAUCCUACCAUGUCACUAGGGGGGUGAUCUAACUGGGGUGCAGAUACACCUGGGAUCUUCAAUAAGGUCUCUCCGAGCUUUUAAAUGUUUUGAUCGUUCAUUAAAUUGGAACUGAAAAUUAAAAAAAAAAAAGACAGCUGGAAAGAAUAACCCUAUAGAAUAAAACUCUCAACUAUAUGUCACUGAAUUUAAAUACUAGACCAUUUUAGUUUCCUUUAAAACUUUGAUACAAAUUUCACUGCAAAAUCUGCAGCUUGCUCCAACACUGAAUGUGUGUCAUGUUUACAGCCAUUUUUUAUGUUCUGUUGAUUUUCUGUCUUUUCCAUUUUCAGGAUUUGUACUUUACAAAGCAGUUACCCUAUUAACAUAAUUUUCUGAUUUUAUUCAUGCCCAAAGGGAUGUAUUUCUUUCCUUUAAAAAAAUUUUUUUAAUUUAUUUUAGAUAUAAGGGAAGGGAGGGAGGAAGAGG